UCUAACCAGAUCAAUCAACUCCACAACGCACCACAACAACAACAACACCUUGCUUAGUUACUCGGUUAACGGAUAAUCUGGAAACUGAAGUGUAUAUUUAUUGUUCUGUUAAUAGAUUAUUUUUUUGGGAACACAAAUUUGAAGAAAAAAGGGGAGAUGUAUCAAAUGGGGAAAAUCAUGAAGAGCCAAAUUUGCUUUAAAAAAACACUUAAAGAGCUUUCAAAUUAAGCCAAAAUAAAAUACAAAACAAAUCAUGAUUUUGUCUUCUGCAAUAAUAUCGGUGAAAAUGUUGUUUGUGUUCCCAUAAGACGCAAACCUUGGUCUAGUGCCUACUUCUAGUAAAGUAACCUUGGUCUGACCCUUUUGAGAAUCUCAUUUCUCAACGACGGGAUUCUCGCUGGCAGUUUUGUUUGGUUCCGAUAUUGUGCUCAGAAGAACCACUCACAGACCAGUUUUUGUAUCAAACAAGCAUCGAUUCAAUUUGGUGACAGGAAAAGCCCAAAUCAGGUAACAGUAACAAACCCAGCUUCAUAUUAUUUAUAUUCAGUAACCUAAAACACAUUUGUACAAUGCUUCAUAUUGAUUACUCAUGAAACUGAUUUUUUUAAUAGGGCUUGAAAUAGUUUGGGCUGCUAGGAUUCCUAUGCUAAUUUCCUGCUUUGAAGUCUACUGAUUAUGAGCUUUGUUUUCACUUUCAUGUUGUAUUUUAUUUCAUGAUGCAAUUUAUGAUGUACCACCCUUAGAAUUAUUGGACUCGAACAAUGCGGCUCUGGGCGCUGGUGCGAUCUCUCGAUGCAUGAAACAUCUCUAAGAAACAAAAAGGAAAUCAUAGUUGAAAACUUUGGUCAUAACCGGCUCAACAAUAUGCUUCUCUAAAAAAACACUUUCACAGAAAGCUUUACUGAAGAAAUUCUUUUGCAUGAUUACAUCUAAUAACUAUAUAAUAAUUUCUGUUCUCAGUUUUUUAAAAUAUGAUUACAGGUUAAAGAAGUGAUCAAACAAUGUUAUGAACUCGUAAACAGAUUAGGAAGAGGAAUUGUGUAUCUGAGUUCUUCUAGAAUGGGCUCCAGUCAUUCUUCACAUCAUGUUCGAGCACAAGAAUUGGGUAAAGAGGUGCCAAUAUACUAUUAAAAAAUCAAAUUCCUUUGUUACUUCGUGCUACAAGGUCUCAAGCAAAACAAGUAGUCUUCGCAUAACAAAAAUAAUCAGAGCUUAACUCAAAUGGCGGAAAUGGCGGUGUCUUUAGCUGUUGACCAACUACUUCCAUUGUUAAGGAAAGAAGCCAAUUUAUUGAGGGGUAUUCACAAGGAGUUUGCAGACAUUAAAGAUGAACUGGAAAGUAUUCAAGCAUUCCUUAAGGAUGCUGAUAAAAGAGCCGCAACAGCUGAAGGAGACAACACUAGUGAAGGAGUCAAAACUUGGGUGAAGCAGGUUAGGGAAGCAUCUUUUCGCAUUGAAGAUAUCAUUGAUGAUUAUAUGAUCCAGGUGGGACAGCAGCCUCCUCAUCCUGGAUGUGUAGCUUUGUUCCAUAAGCUCAAAAGUAUGAUCCCCCGUCGUCGAAUAGCGUCUGAGAUUCAAGACGUUAAGUCAUAUAUUCGUGGGAUGAAGGAAAGAAGUGAAAAAUAUGGCUUCCAACGUACUUUAGAACAAAGAUCAAGCAGUUCUAGAGAAGGCCGAAAUUCCAAAUGGCACGACCCUCGAGUGUCUGCUCUCUACAUUGAAGAAUCUGAAGUUGUGGGCUUUGAAGUGCCAAGGAAAAGAUUGACUGAUUGGAUGGUAGAGGGAAGGGAAGAGCGCACUGUAGUUUCCGUGGUAGGAAUGGGGGGGCAAGGAAAAACCACUCUUGCCAAGAAAGUUUUUGACAGCAAGGAUGUCGUCAGACACUUCGAUUGUCGUGUAUGGAUCACAGUCUCUCAAUCAUAUAAUGUUGAAGAGUUGCUGAAGGACAUGCUAAUAAAGUUUUUCAAAGAAAAAGGAGACAAUGCUCCUAGGGAUAUUUCUCGAAUGGAUCGAGGGUCAUUGACAGAUGAGGUGAGAAACUACUUGAAGCAAAAAAGGUACGUUGUCGUGUUUGAUGAUGUUUGGAAUGUACAUUUUUGGGAUGAUAUUGAAUUUGCUGUAAUUGAUAAUAAACAUGGAAGUAAGGUAUUGAUAACAACUAGGAACCUAGAUGUUGUGGUGUCUUGUGGAAAAUCUUCUUUCAUUGAGGUGCUUAAGUUGGAACCUUUAACUCAAGAACAAUCUUUGGAGUUGUUCAAUAAGAAGGCAUUUAAAUUUGACCAUGAUGGGUGCUGUCCAAAAGAGCUCAUUGGUAUAGCCAAUGAAAUUGUUCAAAAAUGCAAUGGCUUACCACUAGCAAUUGUUGCCAUUGGUGGUCUUUUGUCUACAAGAGAGAAAACUGGGUUUGAGUGGCUUAGAUUUAGAGAAAACUUAAAUUUAGAACUAAAGAAAGACACCCAUUUAAUAGGUAUAAAAGAAAUUCUUGGUCUAAGCUAUGAUGAUUUGCCUUAUUAUCUCAAGUCAUGCUUGUUGUAUUUUGUAAUAUAUCCAGAAGAUUACGUAGUUAGAUCAAAGAGAGUGAUUCGACAAUGGAUAGCUGAAGGGUUUGUGAAGGAGGAAAGGGGGAAGACUUUGGAAGAAGUAGCUGAAAGAUAUUUUAUGGAAUUAAUCCAUAGAAACUUGGUGCAAGUAUCUUUGUUAAGAAUUGAUGGUAAAGUUAAACAUUGUCGUGUUCAUGAUCUAAUACGCGAGAUGAUCCUUGAAAAAAAUGAGGAUUUGAAUUUUUGCAAGCAUAUUAGUGAUGGUGGACAAUCAACCUUAAGCGGAAUAACUAGACGCUUAUUAGUAACAACUGCAUUAACAAGCACCAGUUUUUAUGAUUUAAUUCCGAACACUGAAAAGUCGCACGUUCGGUCAUUAUUUAUUUUUGGAAAUAAUGCAUCAACUUUCUUAUCUUUUGGGAGAAUCCCUACAAAAUUCAGGUUGUUGAAGAUUCUUGAUUAUGAACGUGUUCGAUUGUUGCAUGUUCCUAAUGAGGUUAGAAGUUUGAUCCAUUUGAAGUAUUUAAGUUUCAAUUAUAUUAGAGAUGGUAAAAUCCCGAAAUCCAUUGGCAUGCUCCAGAACCUAGAGACCUUAGAAGUAAGAGAUACAGAUACCCUUCAGUUGCCAAAAGAGAUUAGCAAGCUUAGACAGCUAAGACAUCUUAUCGGCACUAAUAUUUCUUUGAUUGAACUAAAGAAUGGUAUCGGAGAGAUGACAUCCUUACAAACGCUACGCAAUAUUGAUUUAGAUAUGGAUGGAGCAGCAGAGGUAAUUAAAGAGUUAGGAAAGCUGAAACAAAUAAGAGAUUUGGGGUUGAUUAAUGUUCAUGAAGAAGAUGGAAGCAUUAUAUCUUCUUCGAUCAAUGAAAUGCAACACAUGGAAAAACUAUUUGUUGCAUCAUAUAAGAAUUUUCAUAAUCUCGAUGAUUUGCAUUUGAAUUCCACAUCAACUAUGGUUCGCAAACUUACACUAAUUGGGAGGUUAGAGAAGUUGCCAGAGUGGAUUCCAGAGCUUCAAAAUCUUGUGUGUUGAGGUUGAUGCAGUCCAUUUUAACUGAAGAUCCGAUGCAAUCCCUAAAAAGUCUGCAGCACUUGUUGAUCCUCUCCAUAAAAGAAAUUGCUUAUGAAGGUUUAUGUUUGCAUUUUGAAGAUGGAGGGUUUGAGAAACUAAAGGAACUGUAUGUUGAAACUUCAAAUGAAUUGAGAGAUAUUAUUAUCGACAAAGGAGCACUUCCUUCUCUGAAAAAGCUUC